AUGCUCUUGCCACGUUGCUUGCGUGGACGUACACAGUACGAAGUCACAGAGUGCUUCUCAAGGAAGGCAGGAGCUCCCCUCAGACGAGGGGUACUUCGUAGCUGGAAACGCAUGGGCGUGUACUUGCCAAGGUACACGAGUUCGGAGGGCAGGCACGAAGGGAGCAACCUCCCGAGCUUCGACCGGCAACACAAGGCAAGGUACCCGACGGAACGUCCUUGUUCGGCGAGGCGUCAAGAGACAUGA